AUGGAGAAUCCACUGCCCGAUGAAGCUACAAAAGCAGUGUUCAAGUCGCUCUGUAUGGAGACAAGAAUCGCCAUCAUCAACCAUAUCCCAUCUCUCCGCUCCAUCAACUCCCUCCUCCCUUACACCUUCAAAAAUCUAAAAAUCGGCACGACUUUCAUGGAAAUCAACAACAUCCAGUGGUUCUUCUGUCCGGUUAAGACACCGGAAGAUUCGGAUAAAGUGGAUAUUCAAAUAAUUCGUGAUAAAAAAAGAGCGCCGAUGCGUCGUGUGGACAAAACGGCUUACCAACAACUGUUUGAUUAUUAUGUCAAGGAGGGAACAGUGAUAAAUGGGUCCCUGGUGCUCAACGGAGCACCGGAGUUCUUAAAUGACCCAAAAAUGAAAGUGUACUGUAAAAAUCUGGAGCUGAAUAUCAGAAGCACUAAGGAUUACGAGUUGCUGAUCGGCCUUAUCAAAAUGGAUACUGUAGAUGUUCUCAAAUUCCCAACCACCCCGAAUACAGUAACUUUGCUGGAUAAACCAGAGAUCCAGACGGUCAAGACACUUCACCUAGUCAUCACUCAAAUCCCAGGACACCCAUCCCUCCAACAACUCCUCGCCCUUAGAAACCAGCAUCUGAAACUACGUCACACCAGAUUCCCAUUGGACCAUCUUGACGCGUUGGUUAGGGACUGGAUGGACACUGGAAGAGAUGUGGGCACGGUUUUCAGUUGGGAGCUUAUCAGCUAUGAAGACGCGCUCAUGAUGUUCGAUCAUUUUGAAGCAAAGCUUGGAGCACUGCGGUCGAUGCAUCCGAGGAUUGGCCAGACCUUUGGUGACAACGGUGUCACUAUUCGAAUGAAAGAGGAGAAAGAUCUGGUGAUGUUUGGUGGGCGUGUCAUGAGAAAGGAUAAGGAAUUCGACACUUCUGGAUUGGUUUUCCAGAUGGAGGUCUUCGAGACAGCACCGAUUAUUCAUGAACGUAGUGACGAUUGGUGGUGA